GGCUUUCUUACAGCUCAGGCUCCAUGAAAUUGUUGACGGACCAGUGCAUUGAAUCACGGCUAGAAAGCUUGGGCAGUUAACAUAGAUCUCUGGCAACCAAAAGAAGUGAAGCUUGUCCUCGGCAGCUGGUGCCAGCUGGCGCUCUCCUCAUUUCACAAUUGCUGUAGUAGUGCCAGUGGGUCUCGUGUCUGCUAAGGCUUAAACCUUCGCGGGACUCAAACCCCUGCCAGAAGCUUCCCUCUUUCACACCACCAUGGUCACCAACAGACUCUGGCGUACUUUUUCUGCCUUCAACCGAUCCACCCGAAGCUGGGAACCCAUACCUUUGCGAAACGUACAGAGCCAAGUGAUAUCCUCUUUCUCCAAGAAGUCACGCCUAAGGUCCGGGCCUCUCUCCUAGACGAUGCGAGAGUGCGCGCUGCCUUCCUGAUGACUGACGCCGAGGACCAAACGUCGUUUAAGGACGUGCCCUUUGCAACUAUGACGUUGCUGUCCAGCACACGCUUUACCUCCGGGCUGGAUUCGCAGAAGGAAUGCGAUGGGAUCGAGGGAGGGGAAAUUUUCAUGCUCGGGCGCGUCUCCCGCGUGAUUCUCCCGAGCAAGUACAGGAGGGAUGCGCUUUGUGUGGACAUCAUCCCCCCAAUAUCGCCGGGUACAGUCUUCUGUCUCGUCAGCGUGCACCUCGACUCGCUCCGGCAUACGCUACACUACCGCGCCCAGCAGAUGGAGAUACUGGCCAACGUCCUACGCGAGCCCGGAUGCAGUGGCGGGAACAUUGCGGGCGACUUCAACGCCAUCAGCCCCGAGAAUGAUGGGCUCGUCGACAAGAACGAACUGGUAGAUGCGUGGGUCGCAUUGCAUGGGAGGGCAGACCUUGAGGGAGCUACAUGGGGUGCCGGCGUGGAACGGCGGGACGGAAUAGGGCCGGGCAGGUUGGACAAGGUUGCAAUGAUGGGCUUAAAGGCUAAGAAAAUGGAAGUCUUCCGCCCUGGUACUAUUGAGGUGCCCAGGCCGGGCGAGAAACCUGUAGAGAUCCCUUGGAGUGACCAUUGCGGGCUGAGAUGCAUCUUUACUAUCUGAAUACUAUCAAGCACCCUCGAUGAGGAGUAAUUACUAAGUUUGUCAUGAUCAUAGACGUAGAGCGAAGACGCCAGAGCAACUGCGUUUUUCUUUUUAAACGUCGAAUGCUAUAUAUCCCAUUCUAUAAUUCAUCCCUUUUGAUUGUGUGCG